AUGUCUGUGAAAAGCAAGGAGAAGCCAUUGCAUUCCCUAUUUGCAGGCGCAAUCGCAGGUGGGACGGAGAGCUUCCUCACGUACCCGGCAGAAUACGUAAAGACACAAGCCCAAUUCAGCUAUUCUUCAGGUCAAAAGGCGCCCGGUCCUAUAACAAUAAUUCGAGAAACGAUCCGAGAUCGCGGCAUUCUCGGGUUGUACGCUGGAGUUGGUGCACCAAUAAUAGGCAAUGCUGCGAAGGCCGGUGUACGGUUCCUAUGCUACGAUUAUUUCAAGGGGUUGUUAGCGGAUAAGGAUGGCAAGGUCUCACCACCGAAAAGUCUAGUAGCGGGGUUGGGAGCGGGGAUGAUGGAGGCCAUACUUGCGGUGACACCAACGGAGACGAUCAAGACGAAGCUGAUCGAUGAUGCUCGACGAGCGCAGCCCAAGUAUCCGAAAGGCCUCAUCCCUGGCACCGCUGCUAUAAUACGAGAUGAGGGCAUAGCAGGCAUCUACCGUGGUCUGUUCCCCGUCAUGAUGCGACAAGGAGCAAACUCGGCAGUGAGGUUCUCAACGUAUUCGACGUUAAAGCAGUUUGUGCAAGGGAAUGCUAGACCAGGGCAGGCACUGCCUAGCUGGGUUACAUUCGGGAUUGGAGCUAUCGCGGGAAUAGUGACUGUCUACGUGACGAUGCCCUUGGAUGUGAUCAAGACUCGAAUGCAGUCUCUCACCGCUAAGCAACAGUACCACAAUUCGUUCCACUGCGCGUAUAGGAUAUUCACCGAGGAGGGCGCACUGCGUUUCUGGAAGGGGACGACCCCCCGGCUAGCACGGCUGAUCUUGAGCGGCGGUAUCAUCUUCACCGUGUAUGAGAAUGUCAUCCGCGCUAUUGGCGGAAGGGCGGUAUGAUACGCCAAUUGUUGGCCCACAAAAGGGCCAAUUAUAGGUAUGGAACAACC